GACGGUUUGUUUUUUUUUAGUUGUAAAAUUUGCUGUGGUCGAUGACUGAGGAGAAAGAAAAUAGUUGCAGCACUUUGUUUUGUACAUAAAUGAUUGCUGAAUAAUUCUACAGUGUUGUUGUAUUUUAUCAAACUGCUUUGUGUGAUUGGAUGUUCACUUUAGAGCAAUCGCUACGAUUAUGGUAUUGUGAUUUUUGUGCAAAUAAUAAAAGUGUAGUGAUCAGAUUGUAUGCAGAAUAGGCAUUUAUCUACUUCCACUCGAAAAAGAGGAAUACAAGAUUGUGACGGCCAGUUUUUGUUUACAAGAAAAUGUGUUGCACUACAUCGCGUAAAAGUAUUAGCUACUGAUAAGAAUGAGCACGCGAAACUGGAACUGAAAAUCCCAGACAGGCGUGUUUGCAGGAGGAAAAAAAUCCGGACCGUAUGGCUGGAUUGUUAUCGAAUUCAGCCACGAUUGACUUGAUUUUUGCUCUACCUCUGUGAAUAGGUCUCAACUAAAUCACAAAGAGUGUGCAAGUGAAUAGAAGUAGUUUGUCCUAUCCGCAACUGCGGGCUAUAUCUGCAAUCAUAUCUGCUCAAGCUUAAUGCGUCACCCGGUAGAAGUGGCGCACUUUACUAAGCUGGACACAGUUUUGGUGGCGGCAGCGGCAUGGUCGACAAACCAAAAGCUAACUACGCUGGGGGAGAGAUAGUCAAUCCAUCCCCAGCUAACAGUAAAGCAACCGGAUGCGGAAGUCCACCAAGCGUGGUCUACUUAACGGAAACUUUCUACAUUAGCUCCAAGAAAAAUACAGUCUUCGAAGUUCAGCUCACUGACAAAGGGCUGAGCUUGAAAAAGCAAAGUAAUGGAUCGACAAAGGAGCAGACCAUCCCCCUGAAGGACAUCAUUGGGUGUCGCUGUUUGCGCAGCAAGCGAAUGACCAAAGGAGGAUCAGCUUGCGCCUGUACCUCUAUAUCCGGAACAGCUCAACUGAAGGUGGUUGAAGAAAAUUCAGGAGAACAGGACGAGUCAGACGUCAGCGCCUAUUUGUACAUCUACGCUUACAUUCUUAAACGGAAUCGCCGCGGUGGAUUCCGAGAACGCACAACGAUAACGCUUCGAUUCCGAUCUUUCGACAAGUACGACGACAAUAACAAGGAAGCACAAAAAUGGCGUGCCGCGGUCAAGUACCUAAUCACCGGUGAAACAUCUCUCAAGGCCAUGUACCAGCCAAAAGACACUCGGAAAACGUUGGUUAUUCUCAAUCCAAAGUCUGGCUCGGGAAAGGCCAGAGAAAUGUUCCAGCAACGAGUAGCACCAGUUUUCGCGGAAGCGGAAGUUUCCUACGAUCUGCACAUCACGAAGAAGUCCGACUGGGCAAGGGAAUUUGUUCGCAGUCGCGACAUUUAUCUGUGGCGAGGGAUCGUGGUUGUCGGUGGCGACGGUAUAUUCUAUGAAGCCUUAAAUGGACUGUUCGAACGGGAAGACUGGCAGACAGCGAUCGAGGAGAUUCCGAUUGGAAUUAUUCCGUGCGGUUCUGGAAACGGGUUAGCGAAAACUAUCGCACAUUUAUACGAUGAACCGUUUGAGACGAAACCGAUCCUAGCAUCAGCUUUAAUGGUAGUUAAAGGAAAACAUUCCAUGCUAGAUAUAGUUAGAGUGGAGACACGCUCUCAAAUAAUGUUCUCAUUUCUUUCGGUUGGCUGGGGACUUAUAUCGGAUAUCGACAUCGAAAGCGAACGACUGCGAGCCAUCGGAGGUCAACGGUUCACAAUAUGGUCCGUCCAUCGGUUAAUCAGCCUACGCACCUAUCAGGGCAAGGUGUCCUACAUUCCGGCACUAGUUAGUCUUAAUCGGUCCAACUCACUGCCACAGGACGGAACCGCAGGGGGUGCUGAACUCGGCGGAGUUGGCCUGUUGAAACAUAGUAUAAGUUAUAACACCACGCUGGAUUGCAACGACUGCCGAUCGGGAUCCAACGAUGAUAGCCAUACUAACUGUGAUGCUUGCGAUACGAACUUUAGCGAUGUUCUCACGUUGGAAACAAGCAGUAACUUGGACACGUUCCGGCCACGUAUCGACAGCUGGUAUUCAGCAAACUCUCGCAAAAGUACCUAUUUCUCCACGGUGGAUAGUGUUUAUGAAAGUGAUCGAGCUUCCAAUGAUGGGACACAAGUCGGUAAUAAUGUAGUUAGAAUGUUCGGACCGCCGUCACGCAUUCCAGCAUUAACGGCUCCUGUACCGGACACUUGGAAGACAGUUUCCGGAGACUUUGUAAUGGCUCACGCCGCUUAUCAGAGUCAUUUGAGUACGGAAUGCUUCUUUGCGCCACGUUCUAAGCUCAAUGACGGAGUUAUAUGGCUUUUGAUCAUAAGGGCAGGAGUGAGUCGAUCCCAAUUACUCUCUUUUAUGUUGGGAUUAGGUAGUGGAACCCACAUUCCAACUCAAGAAAAUGAGUAUAUUAAAAUGAUACCAGUAACAGCAUUCCGAAUUGAACCAAGCAGUGGUAGCACUGGUCAUAUGACUGUAGACGGUGAACGGGUAGAGUACGGGCCAAUUCAGGCGGAGAUUUUUCCUAGCUUAGCCAAAGUUAUGGUCCCCAAAUGAUGCUGAGGGAUUGUAGUGUAGCAGAAACAGAGCGCACAUUUUUUGUUUGUUACAAUGUCUUUACAGUGAAUGUAAAACUAUAUAAAAGCACAGUCUCGUUUCGUUGAGCAGUUGAUAAUUGGUUCCACUAGUUUAGUUGAGUUUAAGGGUAUUUUCAUGAAAGUACCCGCUAGAUGAAUGUAUUUGAUUUUGAACAUUUCGUCUCCUGUGAAUUCAAAGUUACUUGAUUGCGUGACGUAAAAAAGUCAUAAUUAGUUCAGAAAUUCAAAUGUCAACUUAAAACCAACACAUUAAUAGUAACUAAAAAGCAAUUAUACUAAAAAUAAAAGAAGUAGAUUCAUACCCAGUUCAUGAUAAUUAUCAUCUACCUUUUAUAAUCUCCAUUGAACCAGUACAACCGGCAACUAGUACGUCAAAAAUAGUAACUAUAUACUUGCACCACAGAACUUUUCACAGCGUUAAGAAAAAAAAAACAUGUGGUGUUUAGUUUACCUAAUAAGUACGGUAGAGAGUUAGUGAAAAAUUGAUAUAAUAUUGAUAUAUGAUUACCGUGAAUGGACCAGUAUUGAGUAAACUCAAAAAUAGUUCCACUACACAACUAAUUAGAAAGUUUGUACUCCAUUAAUUUAGAUACAUUUUGUUAUGCAGUUGAAACAUAAAUUACUGAUAAUUCGAAUGAUUAUCUCGUACAUCCGUUGACAGCUUCGUUUAUCAUAUAUUGUUAAUCGUGUGUUAUCACUUGUUUUUGGAGUCAUGGUGCAAAUGUAAAACUGCGUCAGAUAUUCAUAUUUAAUUUUUAAGCUUAAGAUUGUAGUGUGUAGAAGCCACCACGUGGUCGACUACGAAGUUUCAUUGGCACAAGAUUCGGAAAUAGUUAAUGCGUUACCUAUGAAAACACUGUCUUAUGUUGUCAUUGCCAUAACAAACAUGAGAAUACGCAUGAACUAUUACUGAGCGGUAUGAAUUUGUCAUCCCAGAUGGUCUCGAGGUAUGAUGCUGGCCUAACAAGCCAGUCGUCGUAGGUUCGAGUCUCGUCUCGGGAGAGACUGUUAGUGUCAGUAGGAUCGUAGCGCUAGCCCCGCAAUUGUCCUGUACACUAAAUAGUCGGCUGCGAAGUCUGUGUAUAAAUAAACAGAGGUCAAGUUCCGAAUCGGAAUGUAGCACCAAGGGAAAAAAAUGCUUUUGAAAAUUCGAAAUCGACCACGUGGUGGCUCGAAGUCGGCCUUAACGUAGUGUCAAAUACUUGGUAGUAUUUAGUUACUGUAAAAACUGUUAUUGUUUCAUUUUUUAUAAUUAUUUCAAGGUUGCGCACUAAACGGAACUGUUUGAAGACUGGUACUUUCAUGGUAUAAACAUCAAACUAACCCAAAAUGGUUGUAAAUUUUAGCCAAAUAUUUCGGAAUAGAGGAAAAAUCAUUCUUGUCCAAACUUAAAAAUAAAAACUUACUACUACUUCGAGAUGUUUCGGUAGUUUACCUGGUCAUUCAAAACGUUAGUCAUUAUACUUCAUAUUGUCCCUUGUUUGUUUUUUUCUUAUUUUAUAAUCUAGUCUGUAAUUUAGGGUUUCUUUAACGCUUGUUGCGAACUACUGCUAGUUGUAAAAAUCUUCCACCACAGCUUGAAAGGUUGAAAAUGUUGUGAAAUUCGAUUUCAUGAAAGUAAUUCGUUAACUAAUGAAAUAGUGUAAUCAUCGUUUGUACAGUUGGGUUAGAAAAUUUAGUAAAAGUUUCUAAAGAUCAAGUUAUAUUACAUUUUGUUUAUUAUACACUUCGACUAUCUAGUGGCGCAGUAGUCAAUAGCAGUUGAAAGUGAAAGGCACAAGAAAAAAUAAAUACAGUACAUUUUAACCGCAUUUCUAACAAA